AUGGCUCCUGCUGCUCCCGCUCAAAAUGUCGUUCGAGGUUUCGAGACACCCAUAACCUCUGGGGGAGAAGAGUCGGACGUUUCGGCAUGUCCAUCACCACUUAUGACGCCGCGUGUGCGCGGUAUGAACGGAGCAGCCAACAGCCCCAGACUGAGUGCUUCGAGUGGCUCGGGCAUCAGUGCUCUUAAGAUGCAGCUGGACGCCCUCAACAUCAGCCGUCCUCCUUCUGCGCCCUCCAUGACACGCGAGAACAGCACCACUUCCAAUUUCGACAGCACUCCAACCAUGUCCUCGGCCGCUAGCGACGUCGAUGCAAAGGACUUGGAAACAUACCAGAUCGACCUCGAGCACGACUUUGCCAGCGCAGACGCCUGUUCGACACCUAGACAUGCCUUCCCCGUCGAAGGUGGCCUCCGUACUGAGUCUGUUUUGCGCAAGAUGUCGUCCGACGACUUUGAACCUCUCAAGUGCUUGGGCAAGGGAGCUUUUGGUACGGUUCAUCUGGUCAAACAGCGUACCACUGGUCGCCUGUUCGCUCAGAAGCAGUUUCGCAAGGCUUCCUUGACUGUUCACAAGCGUCUCAUCGAGCAAACUCGUACCGAGCGCAGCAUCUUGGAGAGUGUCAAUCGCCAUCCCUUCGUCGUCAAGCUCUUCUACGCUUUCCAGGACCACGAAAGACUCUAUCUGAUCCUGGAGUAUGCUCAAGGUGGUGAGCUUUUCACCCACCUGGCAAUGGAGCGCAUGUUUUCCGAAGAGGUUGCCUCAUUCUACAUGGCCGAGAUGGUUCUUGCUCUUGAGCAUCUACACCGCAAUGUCCGCGUUGUAUACCGUGAUCUGAAGCCAGAGAAUUGUCUACUCGACUCGGAUGGUCAUCUGCUUCUUACCGACUUUGGUCUGUCCAAGGUUGCUCUCGAAGAUGACUCGUGCAGCUCAUUCCUAGGCACUGUCGAAUACAUGGCACCUGAGGUCGUUCAAGGCACUGCAUACGGAUUUGCUGUUGACUGGUGGUCGCUCGGUGCCAUCGGUUUCGACUUACUGACAGGUUCACCUCCUUUCGGCGGCAACAACAACGCGAAGAUUCAGCAGAACAUCCUCAAGCAGAAGUUGCAGAUGCCCUAUUUCCUUGGCCCCGACUCGAAAGAUCUGCUCACUCGUCUCUUGCGUAAGGAAACCAACAAGCGUCUCGGAGCAAACAUGCCCAAGGAUCUUGACAUUAUCAAGAAGCACCGUUUCUUCCGCAAGAUUGACUGGAAGAAGCUCGCAAAACGCGAACUGGAACCUCCUAUUCGACCUCUAAUCACCGACCCGGAACUGGCUGAGAACUUCUCCAAGGAGUUUACAGACCUACCAAUGUCUCCAGCGGAUGAAAGAAAGUCGACCAUCAUGCAGGAUUCUACCAUGACUGGUAUGGAGAUUGCAUCGAGUACAAAGGAGCUCGAGUUUGGAUCCAACCCGUUUGGUGGCUUCAGUUUUGUUGCUAGUCAAAGUCUGCUCGACAAGGUUGAGUUCAUGUGA